AUGGCAGGCGAGACGAGCGACCUCGAGGGAUCGGGUCUGCGGCGGCGCCACGUCCAGACGCCGCCGGCGACUGCGCCUGCAGCCGAGCGCACUGCACCGCCGCCGCCGCAUCGCAAGGGCUUUGUCGAGCUGCUGCUGUCGCCGCUGAGCUUUGUGUUGGGCGACGGCGAGCCCGAAGACCCACAGGCUGCGGCGCGGACCUUUACGCACCGUCUGCGGCGACGCUACGGCGAGGACGUGACCCCGGGCUUUGAGCACACGUCGUUCCGCGAUGCGGUGUCGACGGCGCGGACCGCGUCCAAGUUCCUGCUCGUGUUUCUGCACUCGACGGUCCACGACGAAGCUGCGGUGUUUUGCCGACACGCCAUGUGCACGGCAGAGAUGCGCACGUACUUGAACAAUAGCGACUGUAUUGUCGCGUGGGCUGGCUGUGUGCAGUACGCCGAGGGCUUUGGCGUGAGUCUGUCGCUCGGAUGCGCUACGUUUCCGUUCGUAGCGCUGCUGUCGUGUGUCUCGCGAGGGAUCAACGUUGUCGAGAAGAUCACAUCCAACUUGCCAGCUGAAGCGGUCAUUGCGAAACUGAAUGCUGCUGUUGAGCGCAACAAUCCGAUAUUGACGGCAGCGCGUCAUGCUCGCCAGCAACGGACUGAGGCGCAGAUCCUGCGAGAACAGCAGGAUAUUGAGUAUCAGGAGUCGUUGGCAGCAGACCGGCGUCGAGAGCAAGAGGUACGAGAACGGGCGGAACGGGAGGAGCUGGAGCGACUGCAGAAGGAAGAGGAAGAGCGGGUUGCGGAAGCGAACGCUCGUCGUGCUGAAGACGAACGACUUCGUCAGGAACAAGAGUACCAGGCGGACAUUGAAGUGAAGCGGGCCCGGAUCGCUGACGGCCCCAAGUCACGUACUCCGCCGCCAGGUGCAGACUACAAGACGGCGGUGAUCAAGUUCCAUCUACACAACGGCACGCGCUUGGACCAUGUCUUCUACGCGCACGACACGCUGCAGACCGUGCGGGACUUUAUUGAUGUCGAGUUCUAUGACCGUGGGAUCUCGAUUCGGAAUUACGAGUUGGCGACGAACUUUCCGAAACGAGUGUAUGGCCCGGAACUACUGGAUGUCACCCUCGCCGAGUCUGGCCUUGCACCGCAGGCACUCGUGUUCGUGCAAGAUCUUGACUCGUAG